AUGGCUUCAUCAAAUGCCUUAUUCUCUUGCAUUCUCUGCUUCUUCAUUCUCAUUGUCACAUUGGCCUCGGCUUCUUCCGCUUCCAAUCCUGGGGUAUCAACUACAACUGUCCGUUCCCUCCUUCAGGCCAAGACAGCUUGCAAAGUUGACAUGGAGAAGCUGAACUACACAAUAAUCACAAGCCAGUGCAAGGGGCCACAUUAUCCACCAAAGAUUUGUUGCAAUGCUCUAAAGCAAUUGGCAUGCCCAAUCUCAAAGGAGAUCAAUGAUGAGGGAAGUGAUUGUGCUCAAGUCAUGUUUAGCUACAUUAACAUUCAUGGAAAAUACCCUCCUGGCCUCUUUGCUAAUCAAUGCAAAGAAGAAUCUGAAGGUCUUAACUGUGAAAAUGUAGUAUAUCCUCCUUCUCCUUCUACAUCUUUUAGCUCUCCCAAACUUUCUCAUCGUGCUUCUCACCCUAUCAUCUUGCUCUUCUCUGUUGCUGCUUUCCUAGGAGGCUUCUUGUUCCAUUGGUUCUAA